AGAUUGAAUUUGAUAGAAUUGGAUAGAUUGAAUUUGAUAGAAUUGGAUAAACUUUAUACUUUUGCUAUGAAAUUAGAGAGCAUAUUAAAAAAAUUACAAUUACUAAGUGGGAGAGAAGACAAUUCAUUAAUAAAUUACAAUUAAUAUUUUAUGAUGUGACAUUUUGGAUGUAAUCUGAGUCUUCCCACUAUAUAUUUUCUUUAUUACAAGCGGAACAAACCUCAGUCUUCUUUCAUCAUAGUAAAGACUGGUUCUGAAUCCUCUUUUACCAAAGCUUCAUUAAGAAAAAAAAAUGAAAAUGGUACAUCGUUUUGGAGGUUGGUCUGUGUGUGUAGCAAUAUUAGUAUUAGUAUUAAGCUGCACCAGCAUACCAAGUUCAAAUUCCCUGAGGAUCAAAAAGCAAAUUAAGACCAAAUCUGGUGUUUUCUUAUCCCAAAAGUUUGAGUUGGGACCAGGAUCAGUGAUCAAUAGAUUUUACUAUGACAUUGACUUUCCAAGAGGUCAUAUUGCUGUGAAGAGUUUUAAUGCAGAAGUAGUUGAUGAAGCAGGAAACCCUAUCCCACUUCAUGAAACUUAUCUUCACCAUUGGGUUGUUUACAGAUACUAUCAACCCAAAGAUGAGUAUCAGAAACAUAACAUAUCAAAACUCAUCAUUGCUGGCAACAAUGGAAUAUGCCAGGAUGAUAUUCUUGGGCAGUACUAUGGUCUUGGCUCCGAAACUCGAAAAACGCCUACUUUUGUUCCUGAUCCUUAUGGAGUUGAAGUUGGUAAUCCUGCUGAAAUUCCUGAUGGCUAUGAGGAAAGAUGGCUGCUCAAUGUGCACGCAAUUGAUACCCGAGGCACGGUCGAUGGAUUGGGAUGCACUGAGUGCAGGUGUGAUCUGUAUAAUGUCUCCAAGGAUGAGUAUGGCCGGCCUUUGAGGCCAGAUUAUAGAGGAGGUCUGUUGUGUUGCUAUGAUCAAACAAAUUGUAAAGUCAGAAAAGGCUUUCAAGGGGUCAAAAGAAGUCUUUACCUCAAAUAUACUGUGGAAUGGAUUGAUUGGACUGAUUCUAUUUUGCCUGUUAAGAUCUAUAUUUUUGAUGUUACUGAUACUUGGAAUGGUUUGAACUCUGCUAAACAUAAUUGCAAAAUCGAAUACGAAGUUGUGGAGUCAUGUAAAGGCACUAGUGUGACUAGAGUCAGAUGCAUUGACACCAAAAGCACAAGGGUCAGCAUACCAAAAGGUGGAUAUGUUGUGUAUGGUGCUGCUCACCAGCAUACCGGGGGAGCUGGUUCAACAUUAUAUGGAGAGGAUGGAAGGGUGAUAUGUUCGUCAAAUCCAAUCUAUGGAAAAGGGAAGGAAGCAGGGAAUGAGGCCGGUUACAUUGUAGGAAUGUCCACUUGUUAUCCGCAACCAGGCUCAAUCAAGAUAGUUGAUGGUGAGACAUUGGUUCUUGAGUCUAAGUACAGUAGCAGCCAAGCACAUACUGGAGUUAUGGGGCUAUUUUACAUUCUAGUUGCAGACCAAUUGCCAAAUUCAUCAAACAUCUUUUGAUCAUUUUCUCUUCUCUUUGAGUGUGUUUUUUUCUUUUCACUUUUUUAAUCUAUAACGUUUUCUAUCUAAUAUGAGUUGGUGAAAUGCAAAAUAUGAUGUGAAAAAGAUGGUGAAGAGUACUGGUUUCUGGCCACUGGUUCCAACAAUGCAUCCUAGAGUUCAUAAUUGGCUGUAAAAUAAUUUAAGUUUCAGUUUGGUUGGGACUGUCAUGUAUAAAAUAUUUGUAUCUAUUAUAAAUUAGAAUGUUAGUUAUGAAAGUAAAAGUUAUGAUUUCA